AUGGCGAAUCAUCAGCCCACACCUGGUGCGCCUGCGUCCGGUACGACGUCCAGCACCAGUGCCAAUCCAAGUGCCAGCGACAGUGCCACUGCCACGGCGACGUCAACACACUCGUCCGCCAGCAACUCCGUCACCCAUUCACCCAUGGGCUCCCGAGACCCCUCCCCGACCCGUCAUCCCCGGAGAGCAACAUCAACGUCGGGCAGGAUCAACGGCGCAAGAUCACGGAAUAACAGCCAGCAGGCUCAGAGCCCGUCUCGCCAGGUCAAGUCAACCCUUGGCGGGCCUGCCUCCGGUCUUCGAAGCCUCUCCGCGACCACCACGCCAACCCUCGUGCCCGUGACCGCCAACCAAGACUCGCAGAUCCACGUCCAGGCACCCGCACCGCAAAAGCCUGCACUGUCGUCCGAGUUGAGAGACAGCACGAAAUGGCCCGUGUCGCCCCGUGUACGCUCUCCUCCGCUGCAACUGCUUAGAAACGGCAACACGACGCCUCGCCUGAGCGAGCAGGAUCCUCCUCUUAUCAACGUACAGCACCCUAGCCCAUCUCCCGUCCAGCCAGAUUCAUCUCAGUACCUGGCCACCAGCGAAAGCGAAGCAGAGGACCUGCACAUGGCGUCCGGUCUCCGAUCACCGGGCCGCGGGCCUCUGGAAACUGUUCAGGAAGUCAGCCAGACCAAUCCACCAUCUCGCUUCCGUCAUCAGCAGGACUCUCCCUUCUUCGAGCAUGCCGGGGAAAAGUUUUCAUACGCCGACAAUCUAUCAGACGUUGAUGGAGGUCGGACGUUACGAGCCAGACCUAUGCUUCCAGGUUAUGAGAAUGGCGGCGACAGCAGGGCCGAGUCAAGGAGAACGACCUCUGUCCCACCACCCCUCCUCUCGAGGCAGUCGAGUGCCAUUAUGCUCUCCAAGCAAGCCAAAUCUAGGCCUGAGGGUUCUACACAGACAAUGACAGUGGAGACCGAGACUGUAGCAAGCAUUCCCCAGGUGGCGCUGGCCGUAGGCCCAAAGCCUGACGGUAUGAAUGGAACUCUGAGAACGAAGCAGAGCACAGAGACUAUCAAGCCCCCGAAAAAAGAAAAGAAGAGAUCCCGCAAACAACCAGUCAACAGCGGCAACGGAUCAUCCAAGGCAGACAUCUUCGAAGCCAAGAUUGCCAACGCUGUCGAUGAAGCUAAUACCUCCGACUCGGAAGAAACGUUUGUCUAUGAUUCUAACCCCCCUGACGUUGGCGAUCGAGCCUCGCGCCGCUUCCACUCUCGCACUCCUAGUGCAACGUCUAUAGUUAGCCAGAGCGAUCGCCCCAACAUGCGAGUCCUAUAUGGUAUCACAGACAACCAUGUCCCUGCGCCUAAGAAGAGCAUGAAGUUCUCCAAUACUUACGUCAACGGCCCCAUCAACGAUGGUAUGCUGACCGGCGACGAGGAUGGCAGAGGAACCGGCCGCAGUGCCAGCGGUUCUGGCCGAGGAACUGUUCGGCAGCAUCACCACAUUGGCCGUUGGGGUCGACAGCCGGGCAACGGCCAUGCCUCGCUCUUUGACAACGAAUCCCCUUUCCAGAAUAACCCUCGGCCCAAGAUGGUCAACUCUCGUCACUCCUCUGGACCCCCCAGUCCGAGAAAUCACCCCUCCAUGCGGGGACCCCUGAGCUCCAAACGCUCAGCGAUACACAUGUCCUCAAGCUAUGAUUUGGACGAAACCACUGGUGCAGAUGACGAGCACACACCUCUCCUUGAAAACGGCCGCAGCAGAGGACGAUUCAGGCGUGGCCCGCACAACUUGCGGCAGGCCGAGUCACAAUCGUACUCUAGGAGGUCCUCGUAUCUCAAUCGGUUUGCCGCCUGCCUUGUCCUUACCAUGAUGUUCCUCUUAGUCAUUACUGGUGCCAUAGGCUUCAUGUUUGCGACUUCUCAACCCCUGAGCGACAUUGAAAUUGUUUCCAUCCAUAAUGUCGUCACCAGCGAGCAGGUUCUCAUGUUUGAUGUCACCGUCAAGGCGCACAACCCCAACAUUGUGGUUGUCACAAUCGAUCAUGCGAACCUGGAGAUUUUUGCUAAGUCGGAGUAUGGAGGUGCCGAUUCGGACUGGUGGGAUAACCCCGAGGGACCAAAGGACAACUUGGUACGUCCAUUCGACGACCCUGUCAAUGACCCAACCACUCCCGGAGGAGAGGACGAGACGAAACCAAAUAUACUUCUUGGACGCAUUACCGAGUUCGACAGCCCCCUAACAUUUGAGGGAUCACUCUUCCAUCAGGGCCUCUCCUCGUCCACGGGCGAAAUGCAGUUACCAUAUCCCGGUAAUGGGACUGCGGGUGGCUCCAAGCGUUGGGAGCGAAUUUAUCAAAACGAGUUCGAUCUCAUUGUCAAGGGCGUGGUCAAAUAUACUCUUCCUUUGAGCGCACGCAUCCGCAGCGCUACCGUCUCGGGACGAACGACAGUCAAACCAAACUCGGCCAACAAUCCGCCGAAGAAGCCCAAUGUCACAGCACUGAAUUUUGAAGCAUAA